AUGAGCCUAAGGAGAGGCACAAACCGGAGAGAUACAGUUGGGAAUCAAGAAGAGCUUACAAGAGAAGACUUGAAGGCAAGCCACUACAAAAACAAGAAGAUCCGGGGAAACUUGGGAUUCAAGGAAUUCAAGAGCCCCAAGAUAAGAGUUGAGUUCGCGGAUCUAUCGUGCAUGGAACCUUAUGGAAUGCUUGAAGAUGUCAUGAUGGAAAUAGGAGCUGGAGCGGUCCUAAACUAUUUUGGGAAUCAUCUAUCUUUUGGCCACAUCCGGCAAGAUAUCUUUUUCCCAAGUGUAAAUUUCAGGUCAGUGCCAAGUGCGACCAAGCUACCACCAGAAGAAGCCACUCUCAUGCCUAAGAAAGAAGCCAUGCUGCAUGGAGAAAGAAGAGAGAGUGAGCGCUACCCAAAACCAAAGGAGAAGAAGAAAACAUUGGAGCCGAGGCAUGAAAAUAUAAGAAUCUUUACACCAAAAGAUUCGGAGCUUAAAGGUGACCAAUCCAUUGAAGAGAAGCUUGAGAGAACUAUGAAGCUUUUCCCCAAGGCAUUGGUUUUCAAGGAUGAUGUGAGAGAUGAUCAUGGCGUGACAACACCACCACAAGAGCCCACUGAACCGGAGAAUGGAGAAGCUAAAGGGAUCCUUUGCCCUUCAGCCACUCUUCACCACGAUUAA